UGGUGCGCCUGCGCGUUGGUGGCAACCCGGCAGCCAUCUUGCGGCUUGUGCGUCCUUUCAUUGCGUUGUUGGCAUCAUAAGAUAAACGUUAUCGGCGUUAUGGGUGACAGAUCAAACUUCAGCGAUUAUUCGCAGCCGCCCCCAAGCACGGCGUACCCUAACACGUACGGGGCACCAGCGUCGGCCGGCUAUGGUUCUCAAGGUGGCGGCGGCGGCGGUGGCGGCACCGGAAGCGGAGGUGGCUCGUGGAACCAAAACCGCAAUUCGGGGGGCGGCUAUGGCGGCAAUCAAGGCGGCGGCGGCGGCGGUGGCUACAACCAAGGGGGUGGUUAUAGUUCGGGUGGUAGCGGCGGCGGUUAUGGAAACAGUGGCGGUUACAGUAGCGGCGGCGGUGGAGGAUACGGAGGUGGCCGAGAUCGCAGUGAUUAUGAUAAAAGAGGUGGUUUAGAUCGGCGUGAUUCAUAUGGAGGCGGCAACAGGGGUGGUUAUAACAAAGAUAAUGGAAGCAGUGGUGGUAACCUCGUCGUUCAAGUUGACACGAUUUUCGUGUCUGGGAUGAAUCCAAACCUGACAGAAGACGAAAUCGCUCAACAUUUCGGAUCGAUUGGUGUUAUCAAAAUGGAUAAGAAGACGCAGAAGCGUAAAAUUUGGUUGUACAAGGACAAACAAACAGGGUUAUCUAAGGGCGAAGCUACAGUGACCUACGACGAUGCAAAUGCUGCUCAAUCCGCCAUCUCGUGGUUCGACGGCAAGGAGUUCGGCGGGACCCAAAUCCGAGUACAAUUGGCCACGAAAAAGGAUAAUUGGAGUAGCAGUCGCGGAGGCGGAGGCGGCGGCAGAGGCCGCGGGGGAGGCGGAUUCGGCGGCCCCAGAGGCAGAGACGGCGGAUAUGGAGGCGGCGGCGGUGGUGGCGGCGGCGGCGGAGGUGGUGGUGGCGGCGGCGGCCGGGACCGCGAAAGCCGCGAGGGCGACUGGAAGUGCCCGAACCCCGACUGCGGCAACACCAAUUUCGCCUGGAGGAACCAGUGCAAUAGGUGUAGCGAAGAAAAACCAGAAGGUGCGGGUUCGGGAGGCGAAGAUAGACGAGGAGGUCGCGAUGGGCGCGACGGGGGUAGAGAUCGAAGAGGCGGUGGUGGGUUUAGAGGCGGCGAUAGAGGCGAUCGAGGCGGUCGCGGUGGUUUUGGAGGCGGCAGAGGACGUGGAGGCGGCGGUUUUGGAGGUGGUCGCGGAAGGGAUCGCGGAGGCCGCGACGGAGGACGAUCCAGACCCUAUUAAGCCAUUUUAGAUUAGAAUGUAUAUGUUUUAUUUUUUAGCACUUCGUUUUUUACUAUUCGAUGUAGGAUUUAAUUUUGUAUCGGGAAAGAGUGUGUAAAGAUUUAGUUUAGCGUAAAAUGCGGCACUUUUUAGUGAGGAAUUCGUUUAUAAUAAAUUUUUGAAUUAUG